AUGGAUGGAGCGGACGGGAAGAAAGGUGGACAAGGAUCUCCCGGGGGGCCUGGUCCAAAGGGGGAAUCUGGAAUCCCCGGCAGUCAAGGACCACCUGGCUUCAUGGGACCAAAGGGAGAAAAAGGAUAUGUUGGAUUGCCAGGUACAGAUGGACAAAAAGGAGUGCCAGGUAUCAAUGGGCCUCCUGGUGUGGCGGGGCCAUGCGGACCACAGGGGCCAAGAGGAUAUCACGGCCUUAAAGGUUCACCUGGACCAAAAGGAUCUUCAGGCACGCCAGGACGCGUAGGGCCCCCAGGAGCUGAUGGACCUGUCGGCCCCAAGGGUUGUGCAGGUAAUAAGGGAGGUACGGGUUCUUCAGGUGCUCCAGGUCUAAAGGGUGACCAGGGUGAAUUAGGGUUUCCAGGACUUCAAGGUCCUGUGGGCCUUCCUGGAAUUAAAGGACACAAGGGAGGGAGAGGGGUAGCUGGUUGCAAAGGCAUUCAGGGUCAGAAAGGCAACAGUGGGUUACCUGCAGCACCUGGUCCUUCAGGCAACGUUGGACCCGGAGGUAGCAAAGGAGAGAAAGGUAUUUCAGGUGACCGUGGAGUACCAGGUACAGACGGACAGAAGGGGGACAUGGGGCGCACUGGCGCAACUGGCCCAUGUGGGAAUCCAGGUCUUGAUGGAUCAAAGGGGCAACCUGGCACUAUAGGCAAUAAAGGAGAACCUGGUAAACCUCCAUCUGACGAGUAUUUGAUUAAACUCUCUGGGGACGUUUUGAGAAAUCAGCUGACCCAGCUACUGCCGAAAAUGGUGCCACAGUUUUGUUGCGAUCCCCCUGGCACAGGACCCCCGGGACAGCCUGGAGCUCCAGGGCCUAAAGGUUCCUGUGGGCCUCCCGGUAAUUCCGGCAGACCUGGCUCUCAGGGCUACCCAGGACCCUCGGGUAUCCAAGGACCCCCAGGACUCAAAGGUUACACAGGUCUGCCUGGAUUUAAGGGCAGUAAAGGUGAUAGCAGGCUAGGACACCCAGGACCUCCAGGAGACACAGGGAUCCAGGGUCCUCGCGGUAGUGAUGGCAUUGGUAUACCAGGUCCUACAGGACCACCGGGUCAAUCUGGAAAGCCAGGUGUUCGAGGGCAGCAAGGUUCUCCUGGGUCACCUGGUGUGUGCGACAUGUCCAUCUGCCCAUAAUCCUACAACCUACAGUAAAGGGCCUGAUUUCUAACACACACUCAAGAAACACAUGGGCUCAGCUUGCAGGUCACCAGAAGCGUCACAGUAAAUCCACAGGAAAUGAUUGACGUGCCUCUGGACUUUUUUUCUGCGCACUGACAUGAUGCAGUAUUAUAUCAGCAGUCGUCAGAUAAAAUUAUGGAUAUUGUGUUAACAUUUUAAGAAGAGAAACUUUUAAUAGAGUUUGCUUUCAAAACAUAUGGUUGGGCAACAAUUAGAAUAGAUGUAAAAUAUGUCUGGUAUGGUAAUAUGUGUGAAUGGAUGAUAAUAUGCUAUAAAUGUGUCAGGAACAUGCAUAUGUAUCGGUAUGACUUAUUAAUAACAAAUAAUUGCACUAUUGAUGUGGACGAUUAUCAGAGACGGCGCAAAUUUAUCAUAGCUUAAUGUUGAAACCUUUCAUUGUAUUACUUUUGCAGUUUGCAAUAACAAAAAACACCAGCCCAUUACGUUCGCAAAAAAAUUAGGUGGUACAUAUUUUGGCUGUUAAUUGACGAAUUUCAUUUAUUACUUCAAUUCAGGCAUUAAAAAUAACAUGGAAAAAAUCUAUCCAUUUCCAUUUGUUUGCAGGAAGGUAGGGGUUUCUUGUGAUUUGUCUGGAAAGAUUUAGACUGAAUAACUAAGUCUCAACAACAAUCAUAGUUUCUUAUUGAACUGAAUAAUUACAGUGUUGGUUAGAUACAGAACAACAAUUGAAGAGCUGCUAAACACCACCUACGUCAAACAUGGGAUAAUAAUAUUAAACAAAUUCUAACAGUACGCAUUUUAUGUUAAUCAUAUAAUGUUAAUAAACGCGUUAUGUUUUUCGUUUCAUGUGUUGGAGUACUGAUCAAUCUAUAGGUUAUUUAGUGCUCUAACACAUCCUGAAGUUUGACUUCUCAGAGUUUUUCAAAAUAAAUGUAAAUCGAGUUUAAAUGUGAGGAGAUCCUGUCGGGACGAAGGAAACACUUGUUACUGUUGUCCCGGUGCUAAUAAUGUUGUAUAUGUUGAAAAAACUAUAUUAUUCUAAUUUGAUUUAAUUUCAUUUUCAUAGUGUUCAUACUGUUCAAAAAAAAAAAAUAUUCUCAACA